AUGGAUCUCCGCAUUGGCAGCCUCCUUUUGUUGCAAUUGGCCGCCGCCGCGACCGCGACGACGACGGUCACGAGAACGAGGACCACCACCGUCACCGAGACGACGACGGUGCAGGCGCCGCGCAUCUUCCGCUUCGAGCCCCGCCCGCGCAUGGAGGAGGGCGGCUACAAGACCUGCGACCUGCAAAGGUCGGAGUGCUCCAUCGCGAAGAUGCCGCGCGACGAAUCGACGGUCGUCUACCCCGGCGGCGACACGCGCUGCAUCUCCGAGAAGACGGCCUACGGGUUCCAGGUCAUCCCCGGCGACGGCGACAAGCUCCUCGUCUUCUUCCAGGGCGGCGGCGCGUGCUGGGACGCCGCGUCGACGAAGCGCUCCAUGUGCGUCGAGGACGCCUACCCGUCCUACAUGACGGGCCUCCUCGACCGCGCGAACGCGAAGAAUCCCUACGUCAACCACACCGUCGUGCAGCUGCUCUACUGCUCCGGCGACGCGUUCGCCGCGGACGCCGCGGACCACGGCUGGACGACGGCGGACGGCGACAGGGCCGUCCAAAGCGGCCAGCAGAACGCGGACGCCACCUUCGCCUGGCUCCGCGGGCAGGUCGGCGCGCUUUCCGAUUUGGUGAUCGGCGGCGACUCCGCGGGGUCCCUCGCGGCGCAGGCCUGGGGCAACGCGAUCUUCGACAUGUUCCCGGCGGCGCGGAAGACGGCGCUCCUGGAUUCCUACCUGGGCGUCUUCCCCGACGGCUGCCAGGGAAACGUGCUCUCCGAGGUCUGGCCCAUGUGCACGGGGCCUCUGGCGACGUCGCUCGCGGCGCUCGGCCUCGACCGCGCGUGCGCGGCGGGCAACCUGACGAUCCAGAAGGUGCUCGCGGCGACGGCGACGAGGCACGCCGACGCGCCCUUCGCUUUCAUCCAGAGCAAGGCCGACGCGGUCCAGAAGGGCUUCUUCGAGUCCAUCGCGCUGAGCUUCAAAUCCUGGCCCUUCCUCCUCUCGGAUAGCAAGUUCUACGAGCGCGCGAACGAGAUCCUCCUGGGCCUCGACGCGCUCCCGAACGUCGUCCACUACGCCGUCGACGGCGACAUGCACACGUUCACGGAGGACGGCCUCGUCUACGAGGCCGACGGCACGGGCCCCAAGGGCGGCGGCGGCGGCCGCACGCUCAUCGACUGGAUCGCGCGGAUCGCCGUCGACCGCGUCGCGACGACGGAGUGCGCGGGCGCGCUCGAGGACGAGCCGAAGUGGUCCGGGUCGACGUACUGCCCGCGGGCCCUCGCGAACAAGACGUUCUCGCCGACGGGCGUCUAG